AUGUCAACGCAGCAAGACGCCUCUGAGUUCUUUACCAUGCUCACAUCUCAGGGAGCCGGAGACCUGCAGGCAGUACAGUGGCAGGGCCGCACGGAUGGCUUGGUUGUAGCGAACGCCUGGAGUGAAGGCGGCUUUCAGAGAGGGCUUCUGUGGGCACCUCCGCUGCUAGCCGUGGUCUUAGGCGCGGAGGUUACAUCCGGCCACUACCGCUCUUUCUGGUACUGCUCGGAAUCUGGCGCCCUGCUGACAGGAGAUGACGCCGUGCGCCCGACCCAAGCCUCGGCCUCAGAGCUCACCCAGGGAUUUCUGCUUCAUGAAGAACAACUGGCGCUGAUACAGCAACAGAUCUCCAUUGUCUUCAAAUUUCCCGAAGACUCAUCCAUAGCGCGCAGCCUCAUGAAGGCCGUGCGUGAAUGGCAAGCCGAACACAAGGCCGGCACCUCUCAUCCAUGGGGAUCGUGUUCGCACUACACGGCCGCCUCCCUCCUCAAGGAGCUCUCCAAGAUCACCGACCCCCCGAAAAACUUCUGCAGUGCUGACAACAAGUACUUCCAGAAGGUGGUGCAGGAACUUGGCCCAGACCCGCACGAAAGUCUGGUUCACAUGGUCUCCUACUGCUCUGCCCGCUUGAGUGCAAAGAAGGAGCAUGUCAUUCUGGACUUUCGCCCAGUGCUGAACACGGUUCUGGCCCGGCAGUCUGAGUUCAUCUCUGGCCUUUUGGAUGGUUGCGACGGCGAACGGCUUGGAAAGCGGGCGCCUGGUGCCUUGGUCCGCAAAGCACGAGGCAAGCCUUCUGAUCGCUAG